UGAAUUUUAUGUGAUACUACAUACCUUAUUAACAUCAACCAUUAUCAGACUGACUCAAUUAAUGAUUUGGCUGGUUGAAUUUUUUUAUUCAAAAAUAUUUCAAUGAUACCAACGACACGACGGAUUUCGGAGACUCUACUUCGGAGGAGCAGUGUUUUCUGUUCCACCUUACAAAAUAGAUACCUUAAAGUUGGGGUAUAUUUCGCUCAACCUCUGAGGGGCAGAAAAGAUGAUUCAACGCCAAUCAGUUCGUUGUUUAAGCCAGUUUCAGUCAAGCCGAAUCCAGAUGAUAUCAACGUUGGAGUAGAGCUCAGUGGAAAUUUGGAUAAACAAGAGUUGCUCAAGGUGCUUAACCAAUUUUAUUCCAGAAAGGAAAUCAAAUUGCUUGCCAAGGAAAGUGGAUUAGACACCUAUUUACACCAUCAGGCAUUUAUCAGCUUUCGACGAUAUUGCCUGGAUGCUGAUGCGUUGUCGUCAGAUUUACAUGUUGUAAUUAGUGAUAUUCUUCAAGGCAGUGGUCAUGUGGCAGACAUUUUUCCAUAUUAUCUGCGUCACGCAAAACAAAUGUUCCCACACAUAGAAUGUAUGGAUGAUUUGAAGCAAAUAAGUGACCUGAGAACACCAGCAAAUUGGUACCCUCUAGCGAGAGCUAAAAUAAGAAAAAUUAUAUUUCAUGUCGGCCCAACAAACAGUGGUAAAACUUACCAUGCGCUUGAGAGGUUCAUGACAUCCCAGAGUGGGGUGUAUUGUGGGCCGCUUAAAUUACUAGCUGCAGAAGUAUACAGCAAAUGCAAUGACAGAGGCACUCCUUGUGACUUGGUAACAGGAGAAGAAAGAAAUUAUGCACAAGGAGAAGGAAACCAAUCCAAUCACAUAUCUUGCACAGUCGAGAUGACGAGCGUAUCCACACCUUACGAGGUUGCCAUUAUAGACGAAGUCCAAUUGAUAAAGGAUCCGGGUAGAGGAUGGGCAUGGACGAGAGCUUUGCUGGGAGUAAUAGCAGAUGAAGUUCAUCUUUGUGGUGAAGCAGCUGCCAUAGACUUAGUUCGUUCAAUAUGUGUAACAACAGGGGAGGACGUUGAGGUCCGAAGAUAUAAACGCUUAACACCUCUGGAAAUUGAACAAAAAGCAUUAGUAUCAAUAGAAAAUGUAUUGCCUGGAGAUUGUGUAGUUUGUUUUAGUAAAAACGACAUUUAUUCCGUUUCACGUGCAAUUGAAGCCCGUGGUAUCGAAGUAGCGGUAAUAUAUGGAAGUCUUCCACCAGGAACUAAGCUGGCCCAGGCUGCAAAAUUCAAUGACGUCAAUAAUCCAUGUAAAGUUUUAAUUGCUACAGAUGCUAUUGGGAUGGGAUUAAAUUUGAGUAUAAGAAGAAUAAUUUUUCACACUUUGAUGAAACCGUCCAUAAAUGAAAAAGGGGAAAAAGAGAUGGAAGUAAUAUCGGUUUCGUCUGCUCUGCAAAUAGCUGGUCGAGCGGGACGGUUUGGAACACAAUGGGAGAAAGGUUACGUGACUACCUACAGACCUGAAGACCUGUCUACGUUAGAAAGGUUACUUAGUCAAGAACCGGAAGUAAUCACACAAGCUGGCUUACAUCCUACACCCGACCAAAUAGAACUCUACGCUUACUAUUUGCCCAAUUCUACACUAUCGAAUUUAAUGGAUAUAUUUGUCUCGUUAUCAAUAGUCGAUGACUCCUUGUACUUCAUGUGUAAUAUGGAAGAGUUCAAAUUUCUAGCUGACAUGAUACAGCAUGUACCUCUUCCAUUACGUGCCAGAUAUGUUUUUUGCUGUGCACCAGUGAACAAAAAAAUACCGUUUGUUUGUACAAUGUUUUUGAAGUUCGCUAGACAAUAUAGUAAGAAUGAAAUGUUGACAUUCGACUGGGUCUGUCAAAAUGUCGGCUGGCCUGUUUCUACCCCAAACACAAUUAUUGAUUUGAUUCACUUGGAAGCCGUAUUUGAUGUUAUGGAUCUCUACCUCUGGUUCAGCUAUCGAUUUAUCGAUCUCUUUCCUGAUGCUAAAAUUAUAAGAGAUACCCAAAAAGAAUUGGAUGCUGUCAUCCAAGAUGGUGUACUUCGAUUGACGAGGUUGCUGAAGAAUUCGGAAUCAGGCGGACCUAAUGGCAAGGUGUCAGCUCUGGACGAGGAUCGUUUCGUACUGAACACGCAGAAGAACCAUUAUUACAAAGGAGUAAAAAGCGUGACAUCUCAAAUAAUUGGCGAAGGCAAAUUAACGCAAAGAUUAUUAGACCAAGGACUCCUUACAGCGCACAUGCUUGAUGAAUUACGUAAAGAGUGGGAACAGAAGUCAAACAAUUUCACGGAGGAUCCACGGAGACCGAAACGAACCCGCAACAACUAAACAAGCCCGGAUCAAAUAACAAUGGGUGUGCUUUAGAAAGCCUAGUGAGGAAAGUCACAUGAUUGAGAAUUCGCAUGUAACGAUGAGCGAGAAAAAAAAACUCCUUACUCAUGCGAAACGAUUUCGUUGACUUUGGCAACAAUACCUUGCAGUUGAGCAUAUAAAGUAAAAGUACAAUUUUCUCGUCUAAUAUUCAAUUCAUCCAACUGUCGAAGAUCUGUACAGAGCUCUGUAAUUCAAUUUGUAUACAAAAUAUGAAAGACUUUCAAUUAUU